GCCCAAGUCUCGCGAGGCUCCGGCGCUGCGGUAGAAGGAGCUGCUCGGCUGCGCUGAGGCGAAAAGGGAGGGAAAAAGGCGGGCGAAGGCGACGGGAAGGACGGCGGAGAAGGAACCUCGCCCGGCGGCGGCGGCGGAGACCGAGCGAGCGGCUGCUGCUGCCUGAGCGCCCCCUCCCCCCCACCCCCGCUCUCGCGCUCCUUCAUUCCUCCUCCUCUCAUUCUCUCUCUUUCUUCCCUCCCGCCCUUCCUUGCCCUCCUUCUCCUCAGCCGGCUUGCGGACCGGGAUGCUGCUGCGGGGCUCCGGGCCGCUCCCCGCGGCUCUCUCCCUCCUCCUGGCCGCGGCGGGGAGCCUCUUUCCGACGCCGGCCGGCGCGCAGAACGAGCCCAGGAUCAAUGCCAGUAAUGAUACAAUCAUCAUUCCACAAUCUACACCUCCCAUCACACUACAGUGCAACCUCACAACAUUUCCCAGCCCUCUCACUGACAGCUAUUGGGUGAAAAAUGGUGUAGAGAUUUCGGAUACUAGAGAGAACACAGACACUACCCAGUACAGAAUUCCAAAGCCCAGAGCAGAUGAUUCAGGGGAAUAUUUGUGUGUGUUCGUAUUUGCGGGUUCCCCUGUAGCAAAUGCCACUAUAGAAGUGAAAGCUGCUCCUGAUAUUACCGGGCACAAACGAAGUGAGAACAAGAAUGAAGGACAGGAAGCACUGAUGUAUUGCAAGUCUGUAGGCUUCCCAUACCCUGAAUGGACAUGGUAUAAGAAGAAUAAUGGCUUUUCUGAGCCCAUCAAAAACGUUACUGGCCGCUUCUUCAUUACCAAUAAAGAGAACUACACUGAACUGGUCAUAGUGAACCUGCAGAUUGAUGAGGAUCCUGGCGUGUAUGAAUGCAAUGCAACCAAUUCGAUUGGCUGGAAGGCUGAAGAAACCAUCUUGCGUGUUCGCAGUCACUUGGCUCCUCUGUGGCCCUUCUUGGGGAUUCUGGCGGAGAUUAUAAUUCUUGUUGUUAUCAUUGUGGUUUAUGAGAAGAGGAAGCGGCCUGAUGAGGUCCCUGACGAUGAUGAACCAGCUGGGCCAAUGAAAACCAACUCCACAAACAACCAUAAAGACAAAAAUCUACGCCAGAGAAACACAAAUUAAAAUAAUGCUAAUAGCUUUAAGAAUGAGAGACUGAAGGGAAUAUCACCGGCUAAAUUGGAUAAUUGAAAUGGUUGGUUUUCACACUCCAGUCCCAUCUCUGAUGUUUUUUUCUUUUCAAGUGAGCAACAAUGACUGUCUAAAGCAUGCCUUAUUUAGCCUCUCCAGUAAGGAUGACCUAGCCAACACAUUUAAUAAUGCUUCAGUAUAGAGGGUGUAAACAAUUUUUGGCUUGAUGUGCUGUGACUGUUGCUUUCUUUUCUUUGAGACUAUUAAGUAUUACAAGUAAAAAAGUCCAAUCAUGCAUGCAGCAUUUUUUACUUAAUGUAGCUGUUAAGACUAGCAAAGCUCAAAGAUGCACUGCUGCCAUCUAGUGAUAACUUUUGUAAAAGUACAGCAAAACCUAAAAUAUAUACAGUAUAUAUUUAUAUUUUUGGGAGGGGAAACCAAAUUACAGUAAAUGUUUGAUUUUUAAGAUGCUGAAUUCAUUCCUUAUAUUCUAUGUCUGAGAGAUAAGUGAAUUAUGUCCAGUACUUAAGAGAAGUUACAUAAAUUAUUCUAAGGGCUUAAUCUAUAAAGACAGGCUUGGUUAUAUUAUCAAAGACUGCAAGAACUGGAAUAGUUUGAUUGGUGGUGAUGAGCUGCAGUAAAAAUCUUUAGUUUAUAAAUAUUAUGAUUACUUUUUAAGUGAUUUUUUUUUGUUAAAUCAUGUAAAUUUCUCAUCCUUUUGCACUGAUGUGUUCACAUUCUUCUUGUACAUUCAAUUCGGGCAGAAUUUUAUAAUUUACUUUGCUUAAAUGCUAAUGUUAGAGCAUGGUGAUACUCUAUGCAACUGGUUUGUUUCCGUUUGACAUUAAGUUUUCAUGUUGAUUUAAAGAUUGAUUGUAGAGUCACAGACAUAACAGGGUUCUUAGAUUGUGGCAUACCUGUAGAUGCAUGAACUUGUGAUGUGUGUACUUGUUGAAGUGCAAUGAUGUGUAUAAAAAAAGUGGAUUCACCUGUUUUUAAAAAUAAAACACUGAUAAAAA